UCCGGUCGUGUACGAAACAAAUAGACCAUGGAGAGCUGGGAUGAUACAGCACCAGUUGUGGCAGAAUUGCCGGAAAUCAAACUAUUUGGAAAAUGGUCAACAGAAGACGUUCAAGUUAGCGAUAUCAGUUUGACUGACUACAUUGCUGUCAAGGAGAAAUAUGCCAAAUACCUGCCACACUCUAGCGGCAGAUACCAAGUGAAGAGGUUCCGUAAGGCCCAGUGUCCAAUUGUUGAGCGUCUCGUCAACUCAUUGAUGAUGCACGGUAGAAACAAUGGCAAGAAGCUGAUGGCUGUCAGAAUUCUCAAACACGCCUUUGAGAUCAUUCACCUGCUAACAGGGGAGAACCCUCUCCAAGUUUUGGUGAAUGCAAUCAUCAACAGUGGACCACGUGAAGACUCAACACGUAUUGGUCGUGCUGGUACAGUGAGACGUCAGGCUGUUGACGUGUCCCCUCUCAGACGUGUCAACCAAGCUAUUUGGUUGCUGUGCACGGGAGCACGUGAUGCCUCCUUCAGAAACAUCAAGACAAUUGCCGAGUGCUUGGCUGACGAACUGAUUAAUGCUGCAAAGGGAUCAUCAAAUUCCCAUGCCAUCAAGAAGAAGGAUGAGUUGGAGAGAGUAGCCAAGUCCAACCGUUAAAAUUAUAGACUCUCAUUUGCACUGCUUGUAUGUACUUGUGGUGAAAACAAAGAAAAAAAAUCACAAAAUA